AUGUACUCUAACAGGAUUGACGGACCUCGAAGGGGGAGAUCAUUUGACUCCAUAAACAUUGCUUAUGAAGAAAAACUACUUAACAAUGAGAUAAACAAAUCAACAUUCACAAAAAUAGAGGAAAACACUGAGAAGAAUACGCCAGAGAAAGGCAGAGCAACAAUUAUCUUUUCCCUCAAGAAUGAAGUAGGAGGACUCGUAAAGGCACUGAAACUCUUCCAACAAAAUCAUGUCAACCUUGUGCACAUCGAGUCCAGGAAAUCGAAAAGGCGCAGCUCAGAGUUUGAAAUAUUUGUGGACUGCGACAGCAACCAUGAACAACUCAAUGAAAUCAUCCAGCUGCUGCGGAAGCAUGUGAACAUGGUGGAAAUGGAGCCUCUAGAUAAUUCCUGUCUACAGGAGGAAGAUAUGCAGAAAGUACCGUGGUUCCCAAAGAAAAUAUCUGACUUGGAUAAGUGUGCUAAUCGUGUCUUGAUGUAUGGUUCAGAUUUGGAUGCUGACCAUCCGGGUUUCAAAGACAAUGUCUACCGCAAAAGAAGAAAGUAUUUUGCUGAUCUCGCUAUGGCCUACAAACACGGAGAGCCGAUUCCUCGUAUAGAGUUCACGGAGGAGGAAGUGAAGACAUGGGGUGUUGUGUACAGAGAGCUCAACAAGUUGUACCCCAGCCACGCAUGUAGGGAAUACUUAAAGAACUUGCCACUGCUGUCCAAAUACUGUGAAUGUCGAGAAGACAACAUUCCUCAGCUGGAAGACGUCUCUCGUUUCCUCAGGGAACGCACAGGGUUCACCAUCAGGCCAGUGGCUGGUUACUUGUCACCUCGUGACUUCCUGGCAGGUUUGGCCUUCCGUGUUUUCCACUGCACCCAGUAUGUGCGGCACAGCUCUGAUCCCUUAUACACCCCUGAGCCAGACACAUGCCACGAGCUGCUGGGUCACGUCCCCCUGCUGGCAGAACCCAGUUUUGCACAGUUUUCCCAGGAGAUUGGUCUGGCGUCACUGGGCGCUUCGGAUGAUUCUAUUCAGAAAUUGGCCACAUGUUAUUUCUUCACAGUAGAGUUUGGCCUAUGUAAACAAGAAGGACAGUUAAGGGCAUAUGGGGCUGGACUGUUGUCAUCCAUCAGUGAGCUUAAGCAUGCCCUUUCUGGAAAAUCAAAGAUAAUGCCAUUUGACCCCAAAGUAACAUCCAAACAAGAAUGCAUAAUUACAACAUUUCAGGAUGUUUACUUUGUGUCGGACAGCUUUGAGGAGGCAAAAGUCAAGAUGAGGGAGUUUGCCAAGACCAUCAAGCGUCCCUUCACAGUACGGUAUAAUCCCUACACCCAGAGUGUGGAUGUCCUUAAAGACACUCCCAGCAUCAACAGUGUUGUGGAAGAACUCCGACAUGAGCUCGACAUUGUGGGCGAUGCUCUGAACCGCCUCAACAAGCAGCUUGGAGUCUGA